AUGGCGACAAAGACAGAAGUGCCGGGCAUCGCCAUAAUCACCGGUGCCGCAUCCGGGAUGGGCAGAGCAACUGCCCUCGCAUUCGCGGUCGCAGGCGCCACGGGCUUUGCCCUCCUCGACCUGAACGAAGCUGGCCUCGCCGAGACCAAAACCCUCGUCUCAAAGGCCCAUCCAUCAGCGAGAGUCGAAACAUACAAAUGCGACGUGACGCAAGAAUCCAGCGUCAUCUCCGCCUACACCUCCGCCAAGGAAGCCUUUUCCCGCAUCGACUACGCGGUCCACUGCGCCGGCAUCGUCACCUUCCAGGGCCCCUCCGCCGACUGCACGCUCGAGGCCUUCGACCACCAGAACAACGUCAACUACCGCGGCCUAUGGCUGUGCGCGCGCGAAGCCCUGCGGAACAUGCGCACCCAGAGCCUCGACACCGAAGCAUACCCGGACGCCGAUAUCCCGCCCCACCGUGCACAGAGGGGGAGCAUCGUCAACAUCUCCUCCGGCCUGGCCCUGCACUCUCAGUCCGGCAUCCCGGCGUACUGCGGCGCCAAAGCGGGCGUCACGGCCAUCACGCGCAGUGACGCGCUCGACUACGCGACGCAGCGCGUCCGCGUCAACAGUGUCCUCCCUGGCGUGGUGGACUCGCCUAUGACGAACCCUAGUCCGGAGAUUCGGCAGUGGAUGUACGAUAACCCGGUGAAGAAAGCCACGCCGAUGCGACGAUUCGGUCUGCCCGAGGAGAUUGCUGACGUGUGCGUCUUUUUGAGCGGGAAUAAGGCGAGUUUCGUCACAGGGGCGUGUUGGUCGGUCGAUGGAGGAUUCUGCGCGGGAUACUCUUAUGAGUGA